AUGUCGGCCCGUCUCUUCGGCAGCGUCCGGGUGGCCUCUCGCUUCCAGCCGAGUGCCCUGCCCCGCGUCGCCCGCAGCUUCUCGACGUCAGCCUGCCGCAGCUACGAGUUCAUUGAGGUGUCAGAGCCCCGGCCGGGCGUUGGCCUAGUCAAGCUCAACCGCCCCAAGGCCCUGAACGCCCUCUGCUCUCCUUUGAUCGACGAGCUGAAUACCGCGCUGCGCGCCUUCCAAGCAUCCCCGACCGUGGCGGCCGUCGUCCUGACGGGCUCUGAGCGCGCCUUCGCCGCCGGCGCCGACAUCAAGGAGAUGGCCCCCUUGACCUUCAGCGAGGCAUAUACCAAGUCCUUCAUCGAGUCCUGGUCCGACCUGACGACUGCCCUCAAGAAGCCGCUAAUUGCGGCCGUCGCAGGCCACGCCCUGGGUGGCGGUUGCGAGCUGGCGCUAAUGGCUGACAUUCUGUACUGCACGGCGAACGCAAACUUCGGUCAGCCCGAGAUAAAGCUGGGCGUGAUUCCCGGUGCGGGCGGCACCCAGCGGCUGACUCGGGCUGUGGGCAAGGCGCGCGCGAUGGAUCUGAUUCUUACGGGCCGCAGCUUCUCGGGUGAGGAUGCUGAGCGGUGGGGUGUUGCUGCGAAGGUGUUCCCGGACUAUGAGGCGCUGCUAGAAGGUGCUCUUAGCACGGCUGAAACGAUCGCUGGGUACUCCAAGGUCGCUGUACAGGCGGCCAAGGAGGCGGUUAACAAGAGCCAGGAUCUGGCACUGCGCGAUGGUGUUGAGUAUGAGAGGCGCGUGUUCCACUCGCUGUUUGGUACGAAUGACCAGAAGAUUGGUAUGAAGGCCUUCGCGGAGAAGAAGAAGCCUGAGUGGACACACUCUUAA